UAUCGCGACGCGUGGCCUGAGCGUCAGUCUUUGCUCGUUCACCACAUUGUACCGACGCGUUUAUUCUCUCUUUUUUUCUUCUUUCUCUCUUUUCUCUCUGUCUCUCCUCUCUCUGGUCCUACGGCGUUCAGUGAAAGAUUCGCCUUUUGCAAAAUGGCGACGCAAGCUAUCACCAAGAGAAAACUAAAUGAACACAAGCAGAAAAUAAGCAGGAACGGCUUAACCUUUCACGAAGACACCCUUGCCAACGGCCAUGCUGGUUUACAAACCAAUGGACGUGUACAGUUUUCAGAAGAAAAAACGAGAGCGGAGCCGGUGAAGUCAAGGUCAAAGGAAUCGUUCGAAAGGAUACCGUUCAUCACUGCAGUGUUAACGCAUCUAGGAUUCUAUAUCCUUAUGUUUUUGGGUUUUAUAAACCAGUUGCUUUUCACCCCUAAAGUCGCACAAGAACACCAUAGAGAGGGUUAUGCGCCGCUAUACGAAAAUUUCGAUACGUUUUACCUUCGAUACGUUUACAGAAGAGUAAGGGAUUGUUGGAAUAGGCCCAUAUGCUCUGUCCCAGGUGCCACAGUUACACUUAAGGAUAGAAUAACGAAAGAUUAUGGAUGGACGUUCCAAUUUACAGGAACGACAUCAGAAUGUGUAAACUUAGGAUCGUAUAAUUACUUGGGCUUCGCGGAGGCAAAUGGUAAAUGUGCCGAUCAAAGUAUUGAAACUUUGAAGAAAUUCGGCUGUGCUAGUUGCAGUAGUCGCCUCGAGCUCGGAAAUAUGCCGAUUCAUGAAGAAUUGGAGCAACUGACUGCUAGAUUUUUGGGCGUAGAGGACGCCAUCGUUUUUGGGAUGGGUUUCGCAACAAACGCUCUUAAUUUGCCUUCGUUAGUAAGCAAAGGUUGUUUAGUAUUGAGCGAUGAAAAAAAUCAUGCUUCAUUGAUACUCGGAUUGAGGCUGUCUGGUGCUACUGUCAGAGUGUUUAAACACAAUAAUAUGAAGCAUUUAGAGAAAUACUUGAAAACUGCAGUAGUUUUUGGCCAACCAGGAUCUGGGGAACCUUGGAAAAAAAUAGUAAUUAUAGUGGAAGGCGUUUACUCUAUGGAAGGUUCUAUUGUACAUUUACCUGAGAUUUUGCAGCUCAAGAAGAAGUACAAAGCAUAUCUUUAUUUGGAUGAGGCUCAUAGCACUGGUGCGUUAGGUGAGCAUGGAAGGGGGGUUUGUGAUUAUUAUAAAAUUGAUCCACGAGAAGUGGAUAUACUUAUGGGAACUUUCACAAAGAGUUUUGGAUCCGCUGGCGGUUAUAUUGCUGGAACAAAGACAUUGAUAAACCAUUUAAGGAUAUACAGUCACGCGCAUACGUACGCAUCAGCCAUGUCUCCACCGAUAGCACAACAAAUCAUAACUUCGAUGAAAAUAAUUGCCGGUGAGGAUGGUACAGAUGAUGGAAAGAGAAGAACGAAACAAUUAGCGAGGAAUACUAGGUACUUUAGGCGCAGACUCAAUCAAAUUGGAGUUAUUAUUUAUGGAAACGAAGACUCGCCUGUCGUACCUAUGCUAGUUUACCUGUUUUCUAAAAUAGGAGCAGUCGUGCGUACCUUAACGACGUAUAAUAUAGCUGCAGUUGGCGUUGGAUUUCCAGCAACUCCAUUAAUGGAAGGCAGAAUACGAUUUUGUCUUUCUGCUGCACACACUAAACAGCAACUAGAUUAUGUAUUAUUACAUAUUGAGCGUCUUGCAGAUUUUUUGGGUUUAAGAUACUCUCGUAAAAUUCGUGAUCCAAUGCCCAUAGAAUAUUAUUCAGACGGAGAGACCGAAUGACCUGCUAUCUAAAAAAUAGAUUUUUUAGGACGUUUACUUUGCUCCAAAGAAGCGCCUCGUAUUUCUAUGGAGAAACACUGCCUUGAAAGAACUCUACACGCAUUCUUUUGUGCGCUUUUCCAUUGAUGCGCACACUGUACCUUUUAAUUAAAUUACAAAUAACAAAAGAACUAUAUCAUUUUUUAACGUCAUAUCGGGAGAAUAUAUAUAUAUAUAUAUAUCAUUAUCAAUUCAUGAAUUAAUAAUCCAUUAUUUUAGGACAAACUGCUUUUCCCCUCUUUUCGAUGGUUAGAAUGGCGAGUAGAAAUAAACGUGGAGUCUUUUUAAAGAUUUCUCGCAUGAUGUACAACGAAUUAUGGAAAUAUUAAUGGAGAAGCCAAGACUGCGUCAGAGUUCAGUUGGCCCGUUAUUUUACGUGCACAAAGCUCGUAGAGGCAUAUGCACAUAUCAGUGGCUGUGAUAUGCCAACAGAUUCUAGAUUCACAAGGUAGUUCUAACAAAUGAAAUUCAUUCGAAGUAGUUUUUGCUCCCCGAGUUAGUAGAGAAGCUAGAAAGUUCGAUAUUUUUCUAAAGGAGGAAAAAAAGUCGAACCAAAAUUUUUCUGAAGAUACUUGAAAACUUUAAUGCAUUCUGCACCGGCACACUGCCGAAAUUGCAUUUAUUUUAUAUUGAGCUCUUACAUCAAAAUUUAAUCCCUAUUGCUGUGGCAAAUAUUUUAGAUAAUAAUACGAGGUGUACAGCAGUAUAAAGCUUUGCAUAUUUAUCUACUUUCCAUAGUUAGUAUAUUGCAGUACAUAUUUAAGAAAGUUAACGCAUACACACAACGAACAAAUAAAGGUAAAUACUUGACACAUUUAAUGCGAAUGUUAUUCAUCUAUUCGCAAUAAAUACUUGGAAUGACUUUUACUUCCGAUUAUUACAGCAAAAGGGUUUAAAUUUAAGAUGAAAAAAUAAUGUUCUUUCCUUUUCAAAUAUCAUACAAAUUUGUAUGUUAUAAAUGUACCACAAUUUAAAUUGUAGUUAACAAUUCAUUUAUUUGAAAAGUAAUUUUUUAAGAGUAGUUUUAUAAUUUUUUUUUUCUUCUUUUUAAAGCAUUUCUAGGAAAAGAAGAAAAACCAUAUAUAUUUUUAGAUAAUUUCAAAUGUAUUUUCUAUUUUUGAAAAACUUUAUAAUUACACGAUUAAAUAUUAAAUUAUAUUAUAUUCUUUUAUGUAGGAAAUUCUUUUGUGUAGAAUGGUUGCACAAACUUUUUUAAUAUUAUUUUUUUAUUUAAAAUAUCAAUUAAGUUUACUUACCUUUUAUAAAUGAACAAGUAUAUUUUGUUUUAAUACAAUUGCAGAUAACUUUUAAAAAAUUAUUUCGAUUCACUCACAUUGGUAUGUUUAAGAUCACGUUGUACAUUUCAAUUAAAAAUAAUACAAUUUAAUGAUACGGAUUUAAAUUAACAGCAGAAACGAAAUUAAUAUUAUGUACCUAUAUCGAAUUUGAAUUCAACUAUAAGUGGAACACUUUCAUUUACAAUUGAUUUAUGUAUGUUAAGCGAAACUUUAUUUUAGGCGAUAAUGAUACGUGCGGAAAAUAAAAUAUUUUAUGGUAAAAAAAA